CAGCAAGAGAGCGGAGAGAAGAAAAAGGGCGAAGGUCAGAAGCUGCAAAGGAGAUCCAUAGCUGUCAAAGAACAUACAGUGAAGUUUCUAGCUUCACCUAGUGAUGGAGAUGGCAGAGAAGUCACCGAAAAAUUUGGGGGACAAUGAGUCGCUGAAAAUGGCUAUUGCUAUGGCGCUUGUUCGAUCAAAGCUUACACACACCAACCAGCCUCGGCCGCUGUCGUUGUCAUCAUUUGAUCCUCUAUCAAAAGAUGCUCUCAAAUGGAAGCGGAAGGCAAAGGAACGCAAGCUAGAAAUUGCCAGACUCAAAGAAGACAUUAAAAUCUCAGGUCUCUAUGAAACACACACACAUUUAAGAGAUGAGUUUGAUCUUACUAUCAACUUCUACUUGGAUCAAUAAAGUAAUUCAUAAUUUGUAUUGUUUCCCGAUAUUUAUAACAUCUUAAGUUUCUUUUAUUUACUCUGUAUUUAUUUUGGGUUGGGGUCAUAGAAGGCAUGCAGCAGGAUUUAUUUCUGCAUAAUGCAUUGUGCAAGUGCUACUUCUUUGAUAAUUUGGGCCAAUUCAGUUCUACUAGAGCUGGAGAUGAUUGUGAUCACAGAUUCAAUGAUGUCUUGUACCGUAGUUUUCUCAGACAAGUUAGAAUAAAUGAGAGAAAGAGAAAAUUGCCAGAUGGCUCAAAAGGACAAGAAUAUGUAUCAGAAUAUAGUAAUAACAGUGAAGUUGAGAAACUACGAGCUUCAGUUGAUUUUCUAGUGGACACAUGUCAUGCUCUUUCUCAGGCCAGACUGGAUGAAUGCAAAUUUAAAAACUGGUCUCACCAAGCAGUGGGAUUUAUUCUUGACGCAGUGAAGACCAAAUCAGCUGUGGGAGACAAUAUUCAUGUUGAAGGUGUUCUAAGCAGCUUAAUUACGUGCCUAUUGCAGAGUAUGUGCAGUGCAACACGAGAGGCAUUUAAUGCGCAAACUUGGAAGUGACUGUUUCAUUGGGCAGUGUAUACUCCUUUCUGCUUCUCAGAGAAUUUCUUUAGUUGCUGAAGGGUUGCUAUUUAUGGAUCCAUUUCAUGAUGCAUUUCUAAAGAUGCACCACUCUAUUUACCUGAUGAUCCAGCUUAUUGAGUUUCUGGUGUCAGAUUACCUACUAACCUGGUCAGGCAGUGAAGAGUUUGACACAAGGCGUUUUGAAGAAUGGAUAGUGACGGUUCUGGAAGCACGUAAGGUGCUGGAGCUAAUGGAAUGCAGGAGUGGGCUUUAUGUGCUGUACAUGGAUCGCGUGAUUGGACUCGUGGCUAAACAAGUAGGUCAGUCUUCAUUUCUCCAGAUGCUGAAUCCAGAAAUUCUUGCAAAUCUAUUUAGAUGAUGACCACACCCUCCCUCACUGGCAUGGUGGAUCCCUACCCCCUACCAAAAAUCGACUUGUAUCUAACACAUCUUAACAUGCGUUCAAAUUACGUUCUCUGUUCCAAUAUAGACUUUGGGUAUUGGCACAACGGCAUGUAUAUUAGAGUUUGUCAUUAUUGUGGAAGAUCGGGAAGACACGGAAGAGUCGCAUUAAAUUUCCUAUUACUACGUACGAAGUCAUUACUCCCCC